AUGUUGCAAGACGCCUUGGCUCAUCUUAUACUUGCCCGUCCUGACUCGGUGGCCUUCCGAGAGCUGGGAGGCCUGGCGUCGGUGGUUCUGGUGCUCUUUGCAUUGAUCUGCACAUUAUACCUGCCGGUGACACCUCCCUCCAGGAAAGGACAAUCCCCUCCCAUCCUGCAACUACCAGGAUGGAAAGUCACGCAGUCCUUCUUUGAGAAGAGGUUUGAUUUUAUCCAAACUGGGUUCAGGGCUACCUCAUCUUCAAUUUGGCAGACUACUCUCUUCAAGAACAAUGCCAUUGUGCUUUCUACGGAUGUAGGUCGAGAAGUCUUCUUCAAGACCAAAGAUCUCGCUCUAUAUGACACAUUUUCCAUCGUGAUUGGCAGGGGUGCUAGCUUUGAUCCUCAUACAGUCAGCGGCAUAGUCAAGCGAAUGGCCUCAAUGCAACGGCCUGGUAUCCUUCAGAACUUCAUCCCGCUAUUGCUGUCCGAUUGUCAGCGUGCAAUGAACUCCUGGGGUAGCGAGCGGAACCUCGACCCUUGCUCUUCCUUUCACCAGAUCACUUUCCACUUGAUCAUGCGCAUUGCCUGUGCUGAUAUUGCCAAUGAUCCUAUACUUUUGUCCCAUCUCAAACCACUCUUUGAUGGCGUUGAUAAUCCUGGUAACCCACACUCGACGUGGUUACCAUGGCUGCCUGGCCCAGUCUUCUUUCAGAAGAUUUUAUGUUCAAUUCAAACCUAUAGAUCUGUUCAAAGUGCCAUCAAAGCCAGAAAAAGAAGCGGCAUCAAAGCAGACGAUAUGCUACAGCAAAUGCUCGACGAUGGAGGGAGCACAACUCACAUCUUCGGGUUCAUGCUUGGGCUAUCUUUGGCCGGAUCUCGUUCCACCGGAACAAUAUUGUCAUGGGUUAUCAUGAACCUCGCAUCCCAUCCGAAAUGGUUCCUGGCUGUUGAACAAGAGAUUCAAACUCUCAUUUCCACCCAUGCCUCCUCGUCACCCUCGGUCACUGGGGGAGACCUCACCCAAACGCUGUCUGAGAUCCCACUCUCGGCCUGGGAAUCACAGACCCCGAACCUUGAUAUCUGCAUACGCGAAACAUUGCGCGCCUCUCAGCCAUAUACGGCGGUGCGCAAGAAUACCGGCCCAGACAUUACAAUCGGGCCAUAUACGAUCCCCUCGGGGUCACUGGUUAUGUAUCCAUUCUCGGACACAGCUCUCAACCCGAACUUUUACCCUGAACCACUCCGGUGGAAUCCCUCACGAGCCACUGAACAAGGUACUCCUUCCCUUACCUGGGGGGCGGGCAAGCAUGCUUGCAAAGGCCAGCGGCUUGGUACUUUAAUGAUCAAACUUGUGGUUGCGUGUGCUCUGAUGCGAUUCAAUAUUACUAUGGUUGAUGGUGAGGGAGCAAGAAUGAAUAACCCACCUACUCCUGAUUGGAAUGAUCAGGCGACUUGUCGGCCAAAGGAGCAAUGUGGAAUCAAGGUUGUUGCGAAGUCUGAGUAG